AUGAAUUUGACCCCAGAUCAGCCACCAGCUCAACUCCUUGACAUCCUCAGCGAUCUGGGAGUAAAGUACGAGCUUCAGAACCGGAGCCAUGAUACCGAGUCUGCCGGUUCAGACCGGUUCAACUACUCCUUUUUCCCGGACAAUGAUGCUCUGGAGUGGCAGCUCUUCCUCACCAUCCGUGAGCCGGGCACCAUUGCCCUGACCGUCCUCUACAGCCUGUCCUUUCUGGUGGGUUUCCUUGGCAACACCAUGUCCAUCAAAGUUCUGUUGGGUCAUCGUGGCAGUGAGCGGUUAUCGGGCUCCAGCGCCACACGGUGUCUUCUGAUCAACCUGGCGGUGUGCGAUUUGGCCGUGGUGUGCGUGUGCAUGCCAGUAACACUCGGGUACCGCAUUUACACUGUGUGGCUGUACGGUGACUUUUUGUGCCGCGCGGUACCCUUUACCCAGGCUGUCUCCGUCUCGGCCAGCGUCCUCAGCAUCACCGUCAUCAGCGUCAGCCGCUAUUACAGUGUCCGUUUCCCCCUGCGCUCCCGAUCCUGCUUCACGAGACGCCGUAUCCUGGCAACGGUCGCUGUGGUGUGGGUGGUAUCCUCAGUGAUUUGCGCACCCGUUGCCGUGGUGACGCGACGGGAUGAGGUGGGGCUGAUUGAAGGUUUGCCCAUCAUUCUGCCCGUCUGCAGUGAGGUAUGGCCCCAGCCACGGCUACGGCAGGCCUACAACAUCUUGCUCUUUGGCGCCCUCUACUGCCUCCCUGUAACGUUCAACCUUAUCCUGGCCUUCCUCACGGGCCGAAGGUUGCGGGGAGCAGGAUCUGGGAGCCAGUUCUCCGAACUUGACCCCCGCUCACAGGCGCUACAUGCGGCCAGGUUACGGAGGCGCAAGCAGAUUGCCCACAUGGUGGCGGCAUUGGUGAUGGUUUUUGCUGUCUCGUGGCUUCCGCUUUACGUAUCGGACAUCUGGCUGGACCAAGGACAGCGGAGGCCUCCAGAAUGGCUCCUUCAGACCAGACCCUUUGCCCAGUGGCUGGGACUGACCAAUUCCUCCCUCAACCCAUUCUGUUACUGUUUCGUAGGUGACCUGUACCGCUCGGCUAGGGCGAUACGCUUACGUUACCACCAGAGGAUGGAGUUUGGGGGUUCGUCCUCGGCGUCAGCCCUCGCUCUGGCCUCCCUGCCUAAACUCCUCAGUCUUAAGUCCCAGGAGAAAGACCAAGUCAACGUGGAAAACGACUCCGAAACCACCGGAGGUCAGGCUUGGCCAGAGAAGUGUGCCCAAAAUACUCCGCUGCCAUGCCAGUUGGGGAUAGCGGAAGUGCCUGCAGCAUGUGGUAGCACGAAGGAGACAGUGGAUCAAACUGGUUUCUGA